UCUUUCUCUCUAAAGCACCCGACGUUUCCCUCCACACCCCCCCCUCUCGCCAUGCGAAGAACCUCCGCGGCGACGACCCAUUUCUCCCUCUUAGGGUGAUCGAAACCCCGCUCCACAUCUCAUCUAGGGCACCGAUCUCAUCGCCGGAGCGGCGGCGGCGGCGGCGGCGGCGGCGGAGGAGGAGGAGGAGGAGGAGGAGGAGGAAGGGGAAGGGGAUGGCGUAUAGGGCGGACGACGACUACGACUACCUCUUCAAGGUGGUUCUGAUCGGGGACUCGGGCGUGGGGAAAUCGAACCUCCUCUCCCGCUUCACGCGCAACGAGUUUAGCCUCGAGUCGAAAUCCACCAUCGGCGUCGAGUUCGCCACGAGGAGCAUCCAUGUCGACGACAAGGUCGUCAAGGCCCAGAUUUGGGACACCGCGGGACAAGAGAGAUACCGAGCAGUCACGAGCGCAUACUACCGAGGGGCUGUGGGUGCCCUAGUAGUCUAUGAUGUAACCCGCCACAUUACAUUCGAGAAUGUGGAGAGGUGGCUGAAGGAGUUACGGGACCACACAGAUGCCAACAUCGUGAUCAUGCUGGUGGGCAACAAGGCGGACCUGCGCCAUUUACGGGCCGUGUCCACCGAGGACGCCAAGGCCUUUGCCGAGAAAGAGAACACCUUCUUCAUGGAAACUUCCGCCCUGGAAGCGUUGAACGUGGAGGCUGCCUUUACCGAGGUGCUCACGCAGAUCUACCGCGUGGCCAGCAGGAAGGCCCUGGACAUCAGCGGCGACCCAUCAGCUCCACCGCGGGGGCAGACCAUCAACGUGGGGUCCAAGGAUGAUGUAUCGGCCGUGAAGAAGGUCGGCUGCUGCUCAGCUUAGAUACCCUGAAUGUGUUUUUACAGUCUAUGGCAUUGUUAUUACUGAAGGAUAUGGCUCACAAAAACCUUUUUUUCGGAAUGCAUUGAGGUGCUUAAGACGCACUGAAAUAUGGGGGGAGAAAAAAAUAGGGUUUUAAAAUCCGGGUUCUUUUAUUGUUCAUUUACACACUGGAUUUUUUUUGUUUUCUUUUUUUUUUUCCAGUUGAUGUAUUGUUUGUUAAUAGUACACCUCUAUUGCACUUUAGUAAUUGCUUUGACUUGGACAUUUUGUACGUCAUUUACAUUUAAUUUUUGUAUGGAUAAAUGAUUGCUUCAUUGCUUUUCA